UUGUAGCUACUAAAUCAUACUCCUACUCUUCUUUCUAUUGGCCGCGUUACUUCCCCAAUACGGUACCGUUUCACUCCUUCAAGAUCAGCACACUAUUCAAACCAUUCAAUCCCCCUGGACCCAUUAUUGGGACACCCUUGUUCAAACUUUACCUCUUCACUUUCUGCAACCAUUUUUUUAAUAUGAGUUUCUUCCUAUUUUUGACGCAAAUUCCUGUUCUUCCUUGUUGAUGUCACCAAGGUACCGUAUCGUCUUUUGGAUUUGAAUAUUCAAUUAUUUAUACCCUUUGGAGAGUGGUGUUGGGGGGCCCUGGAUUGAGUUUUUUAAUGCACAAGAUUUGGGGUUCCCUCAUGGGCACGCAUUUCGCGUGUUAUCAGGCUCAGAAUUGGAUUUGGAUCAAUGGGUGUGUAUAAAGUUUGGAACUUUGGUGCAAGGAGUGGUGAUUUCAGUUAAGGGGUGGUUUUGUAGUUUUCUUAAGUUUUUUGGGAUUUUGAAGGCGAUGGAUAUAACGGAAGCUUCAAUUUUGCAUCAUGUGGCGAUUGUGCUUAUUGGGAUAUGGCUCCUCUCUGCAUUCAAUUGGUGCCACCCGAUUGUUUAUUUUGUAGCUUUGAUAUAUCUUUACCUGGUUCAUGAGCGUUAUGUUACGAGGCUGCGGAAGAAGUUGCAGUUUGAGGAGAGGAAGCAAGCCAACCAAAGAAGGGUGCUUUCGGAUUCUGAAACAGUCCGGUGGUUGAACCAUGCAGUUGAAAACAUAUGGCCCAUAUGUAUGGAAAAGAUUGCCACUCAGAAUAUUUUACUCCCUAUCAUUCCGUGGUUCUUAGAGAAAUACAAACCUUGGACUGCUAAAGAAGCUGUUGUUCAGAAUCUAUACUUGGGAAGAAAUCCACCUUUGUUUACUGAAAUGAGGGUUCUUCGCCAGAGUGAUGAUGAUCACUUGGUUCUGGAGUUAGGAAUGAAUUUUCUCACGGCUGAUGAUAUGAGUGCAAUACUUGCUGUGAAACUAAGAAAAAGACUGGGCUUUGGAAUGUGGACAAAACUUCACAUUACAGGAAUGCAUAUUGAAGGGAAGGUAUUAGUUGGGAUAAAGUUUCUCCCAGCAUGGCCUUUUCUUGGCCGUUUGCGUGUAUGCUUUGUUGAACCCCCAUAUUUUCAAAUGACAGUCAAACCUAUAUUUACUCAUGGGCUUGAUGUGACUGAACUUCCAGGCAUUGCUGGGUGGCUAGAUAAGCUAGUGUCUAUUGCUUUUGAACAGACCCUUGUUGAGCCGAAUAUGCUGGUUGUUGAUAUUGAGAAAUUUGUUUCACCAGAGUCAGGGUCUUGGUUCUCUGUGGAUGAGAAGGAGCCUGUUGCUUAUGCAAAAGUUGAAGUUAUUGAAGCAUGUGACUUGAAGCCAUCAGAUCUAAAUGGAUUAGCGGAUCCUUAUGUUAAAGGUCAAAUGGGUGUAUACAGAUUCAGGACAAAGACACAAAGGAAAACACUUUCUCCAAAAUGGCACGAGGAAUUUAAAAUUCCCAUCAUAACAUGGGAGUAUAAUAAUAUACUGUCUCUUGCAGUUCGUGAUAAGGACCAUUUCUAUGAUGAUAUCCUUGGGGACUGUUCUGUGAGCAUCAAUGAUCUUAGGGAUGGGCAGAGACAUAUUAUGUGGCUGCCACUUCAGAACAUGAAAAUUGGGAGGCUGCGUUUGGCAAUAACUAUUCAUGAAGUUAAUGGAAAGGGAGUUGAUAUUACUACGUGUGACCAGGAAACAAUGGACACUGAAGAACAAAGCAACUUCUUUGAAAAUGAGACUACAGAUAAAAAUUCCUUCUCAUCUGUUACAUCUGAAAAAUCACAGAAGCUGGCAGAUAACUAUGAGCCUAUAGACAUCAAAGGGCAAAAGGAGACUGGGAUUUGGGUUCAUCAUCCAGGAAGUGAAGUUUGCCAAAAGUGGGAACCUAGGAAAGGAAAGAAUCGGCGCCUUGAUACCGAAAUUCGUGGGGAGCCUAAUGAUUCAGUUGGAAGUGGUAAUUCAACUGUAUCUGAAUCCUUCAAUGACGACAGCAGCAGUCCUGAUAAUAAUCCUGACAAGCACCGAAUGAGAACAGUUAGGAAGGGCCUGCACAAGAUUGGUUCAGUAUUCAACCGGGGUAAGAGAAGGGAGGAACUGUCGGGUUCUGUUGGAGAGGAGUUUCCAUCUCCACGUGAUAACAUUAGGUCUGUGUCUGCAAAGGGGAUGAUUGGUGUGAAGUUAGUCGUGGAUGACCACAUUUCUGGUUUUCCAACUGGUAAGCCUCAGGCAGAAGGGGGAUCACCAGAAGGGAGUGGUCCUGAGAGCCCUGCCAAGGUAAAGGAUAUGGCAAAGAAUAUUUUGAAACAUGCCGAAAAGUCAGCUCGUGGCUUGAAGCAUGUUCUUUCUUGUAAAUCAAGGAAAUCUAAAGCUGAGUCUCCAACUGUUCCAGAAAGAGAGAAGGAAUUUGACUCUUCUGAUGAUGAAUCUCUAACAAAUCUGUCUCCCAUAGAUGAAAGAACUCCAGUUAAUGCUAUGGCCCCAGGCAGCAAUGGUUCCCCUAAUUUCAUGGUGAAUGAGGUUCAAAUAGUUCCAUCUAAUAACACUAAUGUGGACAAUGAAGCCCCAAUGAAGAUCACAAAUGUAAAAGACGACCCAGAGAAGGCACGCUCCCCUGACAGGUCUAGUGAAGAAUUUGUGAAACCUGCUGUGCUGGAGCAUGAUAAAGAGGAAAUGGGAGAAAGAUAAAAGAUAUUUUAUUAGUUUGUUUCAUUGAAGAAUGUCUCAGCGAGCAUAUUUUGUCUUGCAUUUCAUUACCCGUUUGUAUAGUCUUCAAGGCGAGUGAGUGUUUCUACAGUAUUAGGCAGAUUUUGAUUGCAGUUAUAGUUUUGGUUAUUAUCGUUGCAUAAACAUGUUUGUGUUCAAGGUGCUCUAGUUUGUAAGCAUGUAAAUAACUAUACAAGUAAAAAGGAUAAAAAUUGUUAUUCUGAUUU